GCUCUGCCGCCUAUUCCCCUCAUCCUCCAUCCACGCCUCCAUCCAUUCGCGGGCUGAUCCCUCAGCCCAGCUCGCAGCGUCCUUCCCUCAUCUCUCCCAUCUGCGCUUUGCAGCAUCCCGCCCGAAAUGUCGGCCACCUACACCCUCGGCGAACGGUGCCUGACCGAGUUCCUGGCCACGACGAUGGUCAUGUUCGUUGGCUUGAGUGUCAUUGCCAAUGAAAUCCUGCCUGGCACCAAGGGCCACGGCAUGGGCUUUGGCUGGAUCGCCGUUGGCUUCAUGGCCGCCUUCAUCAUCCCCCUGAUCAUCUUUGGCUACGCCUCGGCGCAUGUCAACCCAGCCUCCUGCAUGGCCCUCUGGGUCAUGGGCAAGAUCAGCGGCUGGGAGUUCCUGGCCCUCAGCGCCUCCGAGAUGGCCGGCGGCUUCCUCGGCUCCAUGCUGAUGUACCUGUUCUAUCUGCCCCACUUCCGAACCGUUCCGGAGCCCAGCGGAACGCAUGAGCAGAACCUCCUCCGCACUCGCGACCACUAUGACCCGUCUGUGCUUCGCUUCGCCUCCUACAGCACCAAGAGUGGCCUGAACUCGACCAAGAGCCUCAAGGAGCGUCUCAAGGAGGCCCGUUACUACCUCACCAACUCGGACCUCGAUGGCCGCCCCGACCAGGUCCUCGACAUCCUCAGCAGCGGAACUUACCACCUCCACCGCAUGGAAGUCCCCUUCCCCGUCAACGAGAGCCCCAAUGAAGAAUCCGCCAUCAGCGGCCUUGGCCAGACCGGCAAGGCUCUUCGCAAGCGCCAUAGUCUGCAGGUUGCUGAUAUGCAGUGGCAGCUUCGAAAGCUCGAGGCGGAGCUGGCUGCUUCGACCAACGCUCCUGUUCCCGAGGAAGACCCCAACCGCACCGCCCGACCUUCUGAAGUCGUCCCUCCUGUCCGUGCCAAGACCACCGAUGACAUCGUCGCCGUCCCCGCCUCGACCAAGGUUGUUCACGACCACAGCAGAGAGUCCUCCUCCGUCACCACCAAGGAGGAUGCCAUCUAUCGCGCCAUGAUUAUCGCCGACCAGAACGCCAAGCUCAGUGUCUUUGCCACCCGCCCCAGCAUCUAUCUGCCCAUCCACAACUGCUUCGCUGAGGCCGUCGCCACCUGUGCCUUGAUGCUCGGCGCCAUCCUCAUCGACAACCGAUUCAGCGAAAUCACCGGCGAGACCGGCCUCGUCUACUCCAACGGCCUGUCGCAGUUCUUCAUUGGCCUCUGGAUCCAGACCCUGGUCCUGGGUCUCGGCGGCCCCACCGGUCUCGCUGCCAACCCUGCUCGUGACCUCGCACCUCGUAUCGCCCACAUGCUGCUGCCUAUCCCUGGCAAGGGCUCGUCCGAAAUGUUCUAUGGGCUGCUCAUCAACGCGGCCGCCCUCGUCGGCGGUGCCGUUGCUGGCCUGCUGGCUACCGCCAUCCUGCUUAUCAAGCACUGAGAGAUCCUUUGCCCGUCAUGGAGGCCGAUCUUGGCUAUUCAUUCAUCCAUUCACUUCCUUGCGCUCGGCCCAACGGAGUCGCUCGGCCCAUCGUCUCGUCGCUCUCGACAACGAUCGCUACCCCGAUAUCUGCCUCGUAAUUCACCCAACCCUUCUAUUAUCCCGGGCUGCACUACUACUUUGCUUACGCCCAAACGACCCGCCCUUGACGGUUAAUACUAUUUUUCUGUUGACAGCUGCCGCAUCCAGACUUUGUGGAUGCGCCCUAUUUUUGCGAUCUUCUACUUGGCUCCGAGGCUAUCGGCCAAUGCCCUUUGUCCCCCCCCCGCUGAAUACACACUGCUUGCAAAC